AUGCAUCUAGCUGGCAAUCUUAGCGACCUUCUCCUCAGUCUGUGGCGCGCAACCAUAGACUGCGCAGCUGCCGAUAAUCCAGCCACCUGGGAUUGGGCUGUUCUGAAAGAUGAAGACACUUGGAUCGCUCAUGGUGAAGCUGUCGAGAAAGCAGGUGUAUACCUACCAGGUUCCUUUGAUCGCAAACCCCGCAAUAUUGCUGAAAAACUCAACACGAGUUACAAAACAUGGGAAUUUCAGCUUUAUAUGUUCGGCCUCGCACCUGCACUUCUAUAUGGAUUGCUUCCGAUGAAAUAUUGGCAAAAUUAUUGCAAACUUGUGCGCGGAUUCCAGCUACUGUGUCAAUAUCGCAUCACAGUUGAAGACCUUCAACAUGCUCAAUCGCUGCUAUGCUAUUGGGAACAAGAAUUCGAGCACCUCUACUAUCAACACAAAGAGUAUCGGCUCCAUUUUGUGCACCCGUGCAUUCAUCAAACAAAUCAUCUCGCUCAAGAAACUGUACAGAAAGGUCCGCCGAUCUGCUAUGCUCAGUGGACGAUGGAGCGAACCAUCGGGAAUCUUGGUCAAGAGAUUCGACAGCCGUCGCAACCAUAUGCUAACCUCUCGCAACAAGGAGUUCGGCGUUGUAGAAUCAACACUCUUCUUUCGAUGAUGCCUGAAUUAGAUGAGCCACCCAAGGGCCUUCCAGAAGGUGCCGUUGAUGUUGGAGAUGGGUAUGUGUUGUUGCGAAAACGAGAGAGGUACCCAAUCUGCCCCACUGGGCAACAUGCACUCGCUAUCACAGCCUUUCUUCGCCAUGGACAACAACUCCCUCGUAUACGCAAGUGGGCACGACUUCGGUUACCAAAUGGACAGACGGCACGUUCAUCGUGGAGAGAAAAACUCAAACCCCUUGAGAAGACGCGCAUGUCACGCAAUGUCAAGAUAAAACUUAACAAUAAAAUUCAAUUCACUGAGGUUUUGUACUACACACAGCUGCCAGUUAACGUCGCCGGACAGAACGCAGACAACUCGGAUGAUGACAAUGAAUGGCACUUCGAGAAUGUUGCAGUCGUGCAGAUGUACUCCAUGCCGCACAAAGAACUCCUCAAACUCUCAUCGCAGACCCUCAUAUCCUGCACACUCCUUGAUGAUAUUCUGGCAAUUGAUGUCAAAAAUAUUGUUAGCGUUAUCGCAAUGGUCCCGCACGAACCGACAUUGCCUUCUGGAGUUACAGAGAGCCGCUUUUUUAUGAUGGAGUGGCCUGGUCUAGAAAUAUCGAACCUGGGAGUACCAUAUUCUGGUUUUGAUAUUGGAGGUGGUGAUGAGCUAGAGGAUGAUGAUAAUGACAAUGGUGCUGAUCUUGAGUAG